GAAAAUGAAUGUAGACAGAGAGAAGAGAAACGUCGACAGAUGGAAAACAUAAAUUCUACUUUUUAUUUUCCAUUUGUUGAGAAGAUGAAGUGACUUCUGGCUGUUGGAAUUUGUACUAAAUGAAUGUGGAGAAAAUAUUUAUUCUCUUCUCUUUCUUUUAAUUUAUUUCUCUUUCUCUUCUUUCUCUCUUUUUUUCAUCUGUUCUAUUCUCUUCCUUUCUUCUUCUCUUCUUCUCAUCAUUUAUUCUUUAUCUUCAUAUUCUGAUUCUUUUUUUCUCUCUUUCUCUCUCUUUCUUUUUUCCUUUUUUAUAUUCUUUUUUUGCUUCUCAUCAUCAUCAUUUUUGUCUCUUUCUCUCUCUCUCUCUCCCCUUUUGUUUUUUUUUCUUCUUCUCCAUCACAAACUUAUACCAAUGUUCAUCUAAAUUGAUCAAUCAAUGAAAACUGUUGUUGGUUUUUUCCCCGUCAAUGUGUAUUCAUCAAUCUACUGAUUUGUUAAUCAUUAUUUCCUCUUCAUCAUUAUCAUCAUCACGUUAACAUGGCACAUAUACCGAAUACCAAUACAAAAUCACCUCAAUACAAGCAAAAAGCGUUACAAGCAAUUAGGAUAUCUUUAUUGCCCUUUCAGAACAAUGAAAGGCCAACCUCAAGUGCCUCAUCUACAACGAGUGAUUCAAGCUCAUCUCCAGGUCAAACUUGUGGCCCAUGUAACUCAGCAUCAACCUCAAAUGGAUCUAAUUCCGAAGCUUCGGCAAAAUCUAAUGAAUCCUGUGAGACAAUAUCUCAAUAUCUUUGCAAUAUUGGUUUUGCUAAGAAAUUUUUAUCAAACCUUAGCUUAGCACAACAGCAACAGUUGGCUCAACAGCUGCAAGCUUUAUCUUUGUACAAUUCUAACAAUCACAGUGCCAUUCACGUUUCUCUUCAACAACCUCCCUCUUAUCCCCAUAGUCCUGCAAGUUUAUCAUCACUGUACUCAUCUAUCUCAACACCUCCAUAUGCCGCGUCAUCUAGCUCAGGCCGUCUUUCUCCAACGCCCACCAUCAGUAGCUCUUCAGAUUAUUCCUCUGUACCACCGUCACUUAAACUUCCAAAAAUGAUGUCUUCAGCGUCAUCUACUUGUUCCUCGCAGAAUUCCUCCUGUUUAAGAGGUGCUGCUACCACGGUGGUCAGUUCGGUGAUCAAAACAUCUCAACUACAAGCUUGGAGCGCUCGCCAGGCUAAAUCUCAAUCUCCUGUUAUUAUGCAAUCCGUUAAAAGUACGCAAGUACAAAAGCCCGUCUUGCAAACGGCAAUUGCGCCAACAGUACCUCCGGUUAACUCAACACCCCCCACCUUUGUCACAUCAAAUGGCAAUUACACACCUAGAGUAAAUGGUAACAAUAGUAUAAGCAUUAACAACAAUACCAACAACCAUUAUAAUGUUGGUACUAAUGGCGUUUCCGUGCCUGCAACUGAUCCCCCCAGUUAUGCUUCAUCGGUUGCAGCUUUAGCUGUUGCAAGGGGUGUUGCUUCCGGUCCAGUAUCGACUAUUGUAUCUUCAGGUAACAACUGUCGUUCUAGUAAACCAACACCGCCAAACUGUAAUAAUAAACUGUGGGAAAAUAAUGGAACCACUACCAAUUUACCCAAUAUAAGUCAAUUGCUUGCCAGGCCACCCCCUCCAUUGCCACCAAAUUCAGAUCUGGUUAAUACUGUCGAGUCGAUUUGUGCUUCGCAAGUUGGUGCCAUCCAUAGUAGCAAUAAUGGACCCCCUUUACCUCCUAAACCAAGUACUCUAAUGCAGUACAAUGAAUCACCGCCUCCACCACCACCUCCUCCACCACCACCACCACCUCCACCAGUGAAUACACCACCACCACCACCGCCUCCACCAACAUCAUCAACGAUAACAACAACAGCACCGCCAUCAACUAACAGUGAAAAAGCUCCUAAAUCGUCAGCUUCUUCAACCACCAGCAAUCAUCAUCAUUCAGAUUUAAAUCAUCGUUACAAUAGUCCACCCAAAGAAAUUAACCAUUCUCCGAUACCACAAAGGAAACCACUUUCCAAGGAGAAAGAGCAAGAAAGGAGAGAAACAAAAGUGAAAAAUUAUUCUCCUGCAGCAUUUAAAUUCUAUAUGGAGCAGCAUGUUGAAAAUGUGAUAAAGUCUCAACAACAAAGGGAAUUGCGUCGACAACAGUUGGAAAAUGAAAUGGCUAAAGUUGGACUGUCCGAAUCUGCUCAACGACAAAUGAGAAAAAUGUUACAUCAAAAAGAAUCAAAUUAUAUUAGAUUGAAACGAGCCAAGAUGAAAAAAUCAAUGUUCGUUAAAAUCGAAACCAUUGGGGUUGGUGCUUUUGGUGAAGUUGCCUUGGUUCGUAAAAAGGAUACCAAUCAAUUAUACGCAAUGAAAACUUUGCGUAAAACCGAUGUCCUCAAGCGAAAUCAAGUGGCCCAUGUUAAAGCUGAAAGGGAUAUAUUAGCUGAAGCCGAUAAUGAAUGGGUCGUUAAAUUAUAUUAUUCAUUUCAAGAUAUAAAUCAUCUUUACUUUGUAAUGGACUAUAUUCCUGGUGGUGAUCUCAUGUCUUUACUCAUAAAGUUUGAGGUCUUUGAAGAAAAUUUGGCUCGUUUUUAUAUAGCCGAGUUAGUCUUGGCGGUAGAAAGUGUACAUAAGAUGAGUUUUAUUCAUCGUGAUAUUAAACCUGACAAUAUUUUAAUAGAUAGAGAUGGUCACAUUAAAUUAACUGAUUUUGGACUUUGUACCGGUUUUCGUUGGACACAUAACUCUAAAUAUUAUCAGCGUAACAAUGGUGUUGACCAUAGCAGAGGAGAUUCAUUGGACAUUGUUGAUCAAGAUUGGCCAAACCAUUGUCAUUGUGGACUAAAUUCUAGUAUAAUCAAACCCUUGGAACGUCGUCGGAGACGAGAACAUCAACGAUGUCAAGCCCAUUCUCUUGUUGGUACACCCAAUUACAUCGCUCCAGAAGUUUUAAUGAGAACUGGUUACUCACAAUCAUGUGAUUGGUGGUCAGUUGGUGUUAUAUUAUACGAAAUGUUAGUUGGACAUCCACCUUUCUUAGCUAAUACUCCUGAAGAAACUCAAAAUAAGGUAAUCAAUUGGAAAAGUACUCUACGCAUCCCUCCAGAAGCAAAAUUAUCCCGAGAAUCAACUGAUCUCAUUUUGAAACUAUGUUGUGGACCUGAAGAUCGAUUAGGUAAAAAUGGAGCAGAUGAGAUUAAGAAACAUCCCUUUUUUGCAACAAUUGAUUUUGACGGUGGCCUUCGUAAACAAAAAGCGCCUUACAUACCCAAAAUCCGUUAUCCAACGGAUACAUCAAACUUUGAUCCCAUUGAUCCAGAUAAACUUCACUCUUCGUCAGAUACCAAUGGUUUACGUGACUGUGAUGAUUAUGUUAAUGGAGGUCCUAUUCCAGAGAAUGGUAAACACCCGGAACACGCAUUCUUUGAAUUUACCUUUAGAAGAUUUUUCGAUGAUGGUGGUCAAGCAUAUCCAAUGAGAGUUAAUCUUCAUUCAUCUGAUAAUUUUGCUUCUAAUGGUACAGCUUCUAGUGACAGUGGGCAAGGUGUAUAUGUAUAAUAUUGAAAUUACUCCUUUUUUAUUAUACAUAUAUAUUCAUAAACACACAAUAUAAAUAUUUAAUAUUUAACUAUUA